GAAAAGGGAACCUGUCUUCUUCCCCCGUUCCCCGUCCGGUCCUCCGCUUAUAAAACACGCCACCCACCUUCCCCAACCUUCUUCGCAAGAAUCCAAGAAAAAGUAAACCAAACAAGCCCAAACAGGCAAGAGAGAACCAAACCAACCAAGAAACCCCCCUCAGCUCCCUCCUCCCCUCCACCACCACCGCCGUCGCCGGAGAUGUCGUCGCAGGCGAUCGAGGACCACCGCUCCGGCGCGGAGGUGCACGCAGGGCGGGAGCUGUGCGCGCAGAAGUCCCGCGAGUUCAUGGUGGAGCUGGGCCUCCCCGACGGCCUCCUCCCGCUGCCGGCGCUCGACGAGGUGGGGUACAACCGGUCCACGGGAUUCGUGUGGCUCCGCCAGGCCGCCGGCGUGACCCACACCUUCGACACCAUCGGGAAGCAGGUGUGGUACGACAAGGAGGUGACGGCGUUCGUGGAGCCCGGGCGGAUGAGCGGCCUCACCGGGGUCAAGAGCAAGGAGCUCCUCAUCUGGGUCACCAUCUCCGAGAUCGUCGUCAGCCCCUCCGGCACCAAGGUCGUGUUCCGCACCCCCGCCGGGCUCGGCCGCGCCUUCCCCGUCACCGCCUUCCAGCUCAACCCGCCCGCCGAGGGGGACAAGAAGGAGGAGGGCGACGCCGGUGCCGCCACUAACAAUUGAUCUGCUUCCGGCCGGCGGGCGGGCGCUCGAUCUGGUGGCGUCGUGGCGAGAUCUGGCGGUACCUGUGUUGUGUCCGAAACUCUGUGAGCUGUGUACUCUCUCCUCUGUCCGCGGUGUACAAUGGCAGUGGAUCAUGCAGGAAUAAAAGGUGUCCAUGGGUUCAGGAUUCGUAAUUAUGCGUGGUCAGCAGUGCUGCUGUUUGAUCUUGUACUGAUUGUCUUGCCUGUUUCCUUGUCGAACUAAAUUGCAUUCCUUGCCUGUUUCGUUGUACCUGCCAUCUCUGAGGCUGGGAUUGUCGUUGUCUCAUGGAUCAGGGGCAGGGUACACGAAAAGCUAUGAAGAUUCAGAACUUUGUCUCA